AUAUGUAUUUAUUAGCACUUAUUUCACAUGCAGUUUGAUUUGAUGAAUUUCUGUUUUAAAAUUUAACAUGUGAUCGUGCAUAUACCAUAUGGUAUUAAUAGCCUAUAAAAAAUGUAUGUCCUGACAAAUACUUUAACUUUUGAUAAAUACGUACAUUUUGCUGAUAAAACUUUUGUAAACUUUUAAUUAAGUAGAUUUUUAAUGCAGUGAAUCUGUACUGGAGUUUUUUACAUUGUGGUAUUGUUGUAGCCUUGGAUUAUUGAUGUGUUGUGUUCUCCAGUCACUUUGGGAUGUAGUUUCUUUUGGAAUAAUCAUCAAGCUUAAUUCUCUCAGGUUAAUUACAUCAGAACUUUCCCCUUUAAAACAACAGCAGGCACUAACAAUUACUGGUAGGGGGGCAUGAACUUAAAUUUCACACAUGCAAUAAUAAGUACAAUACUGUAAAUUACAAUGAAAUAAUAACUAUUGGAGUAAUAAUAAUAAUAAUAAAACAUAACUCAGCAACAGUCUAAAAUUACAUUGUGGACUUGAAACCAAAUUUAAAAUAAAUAAUGUAUAUCAGAGUGUAUGGUACAGCUUAAUUACACAACAUAAAUGAGUACGCUAAAUGUAAGUAAUUAAUAUAAAGCAUGUGAAAGCAAGAUAUGAUAGGUAUAGUGAGGUUACACUACUUUACUUACUACUUUCCCAAUGCUGUUAUUUAUUUACCCCUGAAGCUGUUGGGUGCAAAUCUACUGUAUUUAUGUUUGUAUGUAUUUAUGUAGUAAAUAUGAUUCAAAUAUAAUAUUAUUUAACUCUGAAAAAUAGUGCAGAGGAUUUUUGCUGUGACACUGUCCAUCAAGUUUGUUGCACUGGAGCAAUUAGAAUGUUUAGAAGAAGUGAGUAUUAACAAGGAUGUGUGUCCUAAUGAAAAAGAAGAAAUUCCAGAUUUACAGCCACUAGGAAGGAGGGCAGUGUCAGUUGAAUUUCAAAUGCAGAAAAGUAAUCGAUCAGAAGCAUUAACUAUUAUGUGCUCAUUAAAUGAGCUACAGGUACAGGUGUUUUACAAAAUACAUCAAUUGUGAAGUACCCAUUUAAUUUCAUUUCUGGAGGAGAAGGCGCAGGAAAGUCUCAUUUAAUAAAAGUAAACACAACAGCUUUGCAAUUGGUAAUAAUGCGUCAUUGCCAUAUCAACAUCUAAGGGAGAAAAAAGUAAAGUAAAGUACAUUAAGAGCCAAAUCAAUCUACAAAUACUGGUAGUAGAUGAAAUUCCCAUGGUUAAUCAGAAACUUUGGGCCUAUAUCCAUGGCAGACUAUGACAAACUAAACAAUGUGCUGACUUUUCUCCCUUUGGCAAUGUUUCUGUUAUAGCUGUUGGAGAUUUUUAUCAGCUGCCACCAGUUAAAGGAAGGCCUCUUUACACAGAGCAAUUAGGGACCAACUUAUGGACAAAUACUUUCAGUCACACAGAGUUGACAGAAAUAGUGCGGCAAAUAGACCAAGAGUUUGCCCUGGCACUAAAUCAACUCAGGAAACAUACCAAAGAGGAAAAACUAGUAGAGCUAGAGGAUGAAGUGUUAUUAAAACAAUGUGAGAAAGGCAUGGGCGAAGACACAGAGGACCUUCACAUUUUUGCAACAAACAGUGAAGUGCAAACACAUAAUUUCAAUAUGUUGCACAAGGUAUGUUCAGAUAUUGUGCAAAUUCAAGCUCAAGAUUUUGAUAAAAACCCUCAAAUGGGGCGAUUUGCACAUAAGAAUACCAAAGAUAAAAAAACAUAUUUGGAUAGAUUGCUUAGUGUUAGUACAAAGGCUUGUGUUAUGCUUAUCAAAAAUAUAGAUGUUACGGAUGGUCUGUUAAUGGAGUGUUUGGCACUGUUUGUACUGUGAAAUUUGAUGGAAAUGAGAAAAACAAUUUAUGUCAAUUUUGAUGAUAGAAAGAUUGGCAGAAAACUUAAGGUUAAAUUUCAAUUAGACAAAGCAGUGGUGUCAUAAAAAAUAUUUCUCAGCUGGCUAAGCACAUGUAGCCUUAAGUCAAGUGACAUCGAGUGUCAUUCAAGAUUUUAAAGCCACUGCCUGCUGCUUGUUCCAUGCCUUAGAUUACUCAUUCUAUUUAUUUUUAUUUUUGCCACAAUUUAUGCUGAUUGGACUUGCAAUCUAAGAUUAGUUAAAAAAAAGUAGGUUUCGCAUAUGUCAUGAUUUUGGAACAACAUUUUUUGCAGUAUCAAAAUUCUUUUAAUAGAAUCACGGGGGUCCAUAGAUACUAUGUGCAAAGAUCAGAUUCACCGCUUAGCAGGAGUUAGCAGGAGUUGACGGACUUCUUAAUUGACCUUAGCUUGCAGUGAGUCAAACUUGCCACACACCAGUGGAUGUGCUGAACAAAUUUCAGCCCUGUAGGACGUACGUGUGAUUUUCUGUGAUUUUUUCUGAAGUUUGGAAUGGAAUUUGUUGUAAUAAACCACGCCCACUUUUAUAAUUACCAAAUUUUAUGCAUCAACUGAGUCUUGACCCAUGAUCGUGUAUACCGAAUUUCGUACGAAUCUAUGCAGCCGCUUACGAGAUAUAAACGUUUGCAUUUGUAGCGCCACCUAGUGGCCGAUUGGCGCCAAAUUUUUCCUGAGCCUUGUUGGAGCACGAGAAAGUACUGGCCCAAGUUUCGUGUUAAUCGGACAAACCUAUGUGGAGAUGUGACAUAAUUUCCUGUUUCACUGCAACCUACAGGAAGUUUACAACUUCCUGACCUUUACAACUUGCACAUUUUUUGGAGUAUCAAAAUUAUUUUAAUAUCAUUUGAUCAUGAGGGUCCAUAGAUUCCACGUGCAGAAUUUCGUGUAGAUCGGACUCAUGGCAUAGGAGGAGUUCGAAAAAGUAGGUGUUUGCAUAUUUCCCGAUUUUGCGGAGAAAUAUAGGCGGGAAUGGGCGUGGCCUAUAUUACAGGCUGCAGCUCAAUUCAGGAAACGCGUGCAUGUAAGGUUUGCGGCGUCCUCUGUGGGAGUUACUGGCCAGAACGCGUUUACCUUGAUUAUAGCGCCACCUGCUGGUUGACAUGUGUCAUUUUUGGUGUGUGAGGCGUGUGCACGGUUCUAUACCACCCCUGUGAAUUUCACUUGCAUAGCUCUUACGGUGUAGGCUGCAGUACCACUUUUACCAACGGACAAAAAUAAAAACAAUAAAUAAAAUUCUGAGCGAUUCCAAUAGAGUUCAGUACAAGUCAAGUACUGUAGUCUACGUGAAACUAUACUUAAAACCAUGGUCCCACUCUGUUUACUACAUCACGUGGUUACAGUGGACGCUGCUUUUCUGUAUAUAAGGCAGAAGAAACGGUACCUACAGCAGCUAAAGCGAGCCGUGGUUUGAACACUUGAAACAAGCGCUUUUAAAGGGGCAGCAGCGGCUCACUUGUACGUCAUCAUGGCGGACUCCAGCUUCAACAACAUGAAAUCCCUUGCCCGGGCAUUGUCACAACCAAAACUGGAUCUGAUAGAAAUGGCUGAUGUUUGUCCUCCGCGAAGUAUUCAGCUUCAUCCCUGCCGAAGGAGAAAGUUGACGAGCUGCAACUCGAUUGAGUCCCUAGAGACGGCGACUUCGCCUUCCGUCGCCGAGGCGCGAGUCCUGGUUAUCAACACUGGAGGAACGAUCGGGAUGACGCUUCAUGAUAACGUGCUUGCCCCAAAAGCCAAUGCUUUUGUGAUGAGCCUGCGCAAGUUGCCCAUCCUACACGAUGAGAUGUAUGCCCAGCAGACCAGCCUAUAUGACUACUAUGACUACUCUGAGAACACGCUGGUCCUGCCAAAGCCAACGCCCCAUUCUGACCAUCUAUUUCACAGGCUGAGUAAAGACAAUAAGAGGAUAAUCUACACAAUUUUAGAGUACAGCCCUUUGCUGGACUCCUCCAAUAUGACUACAGAUGACUGGGGUAGAAUUGGAAAGGACAUUGAGAAAAACUACGAAAACUUUGAUGGUUUUGUGAUCCUUCAUGGCACAGACACUAUGGCUUACACAGCCUCUGCUCUGUCCUUCAUGUGUGAACAUUUGGGCAAACCAAUCAUUCUCACCGGCUCACAGGUGCCUAUCUAUGAGAUGAGGAAUGAUGGCAGAGACAACCUGCUGGGGGCGCUGCUGAUUGCUGGCCAGUUUGUCAUUCCUGAGGUGUGCCUGUAUUUCUACAACAAACUCUACAGAGGUAACCGUGUGACCAAGGUGGAUGCUGGGAGUUUCAAUGCGUUCUCCUCUCCUAACUUGGCUCCUCUGGCUACUGCUGAAGUGGAUAUUACAAUCAACUGGGAUACAGUGUGGAGGGCAAACACCACAGCAAAGUUUCAAGUCAGCACUGAGCUGAACAGGAACGUAGGCCUGCUCAGGCUGUUCCCAGGAAUCACAUCUGCUACUGUGAGGGCUUUCCUGCAACCGCCCAUGCAGGGUGUUGUCCUGGAGACCUAUGGCAGUGGAAAUGCCCCCGAUAACCGUCCUGACCUGUUAGAGGAGCUGAAGAAGGCCACUGACUCUGGUGUCAUCAUCAUCAACUGCACCCAGUGUCUGAGGGGCACUGUGUCUGCAUCUUACGCCACUGGCAAAGUGCUGAUGGAUGCAGGGCUGAUAGCUGGUGGUGACAUGACUCCAGAGGCUGCCCUGUCAAAGCUGUCCUAUGUAUUGGCCAAGAAAGAGCUUGAUCUAACUGCCAAGAAAAAGAUGAUGAGUCAGAACCUGCGAGGUGAGAUGAGUGCUGACUUAGCAGGAGCCAAGCUGUGUCUGAGCGACAGCCGUUUCAUCCAGGUCAUCGCCAAGUCUCUGAGCAUCAGCUGCAAGGAGGAGCUGGAAGCCAUCCGUGAUGCCCUGACUCCCCCACUGGCAUGUGCUGCUGCUAAGAUCGGAGACAUAGAGGUCUUAGAAGCCCUAAAGGAUAUGGGCAGCAGCUUGUGUCUGGGUGACUAUGAUGGACGUACACCCCUACAUAUUGCUGCAUGUGAGGGCCACCUCGAACUGGUGAAGUACCUACUGAGUCAUGGAGCUACAGUCUAUGGUAAAGAUCGCUAUGGGGACACACCCCUGUGCAAUGCUGUACGCUUCAGGCACAAGAAGGUUGUGCAGCUGCUGAGAAAGACUGGAGCCCACUUCUCCAGAGACAAGUUGGAGGAAGCAGGAACAGAACUGUGCAACCUGGCAGCCAGUGGAGACCUGGAGGGCCUGGAAAUCUGGAGCCUUGCCGGAGCGGAUCUGAAUAAACCAGGCUAUGACGGACAGACAGCAAUUCAAGUGGCCAAGACUGUUGGCAAAAAGGAAGUGGUGGCAUUUUUAGUCCAACUCAUGAGCAAUAAAUCCAAGAUAGUAUUUGGGGAAUAUAAUGAGGAUGAUGAUGAUGAUGAUGAUGAGAGCGGUGGAGUGAUCGAGUUCACCGCCGCCCCCACAGGACUGUGAGCAGACGCUACCUCAGGCAACAGGAAUCGUCCUCUGCUUACGUCCACUUCCUGCCAAACUGUCCUUUUACACACCGUCCUGUUGAAUUUCACAGUCGCUUUCACUUGGAAUGUCAGCACAAUGCAUAUAUUUGCAUACUUUUUAAAGCCAUCACGGCUUACAGUUUUUCCCUCCAAACCCAUUGAUAGCACAACAUUGUGUAACCACUGCUUUGAAUGCACAAUUCCCAACAAGGGAAACACUAUAUGUAUGUAUGUAUGUGUUUGAUUGUUGCACAGUAGUAUAUGCACUAUGAAACGUAUUAUCGUAAAUGUUUGAAUCAAAUGCUUUUAUUACUAAGUAUGAACAACAGACUUGAUUAUUGUGAUGUCCAAUCAGGGAAUUAAGGGUUGUCUUCACCUGCGCUGUAUUAACAUAGACAGUGCUGAAACCUCCCAUUACUCCUUCAACAGUGAAGGAGGGUGCUUUAAUUUUUGCUUUUAUGCCGAAAGAGUUAAAGAACUCUUACAACUACAAUGUUACUUUAAAAAGUCAUGCUGCCUCUUGCUAUAGCAAUAUAUGCAUGAAACCUGGAACUGCAGGGUGCAUUCACAGAUUUUAUUGUUGUGCUUAUUUCUACAGUGAUAUGCUGGAAAGUGUCAUGUAAACUAAUGAAAAUAAGGUUGUCUUUUUAUUAUCUGGGAUGUUAUCCAACUGUAGCACCUGACCACUUCGGUCUAAAUAUACCUCUGCACCUGAAGCAGAGGGGUUUCAUUUCCUUCUGCUCAAACAGACACUACGAAAAUCUACAUUUACCUUUCAGACUCAUCCAGCCUGUUUCAUGUGCUGAUUGUUGAGCUGGAAGAGUCACAUAUCUCCCUUUGAAAUGAAAAGGGGAAAUUCAGACUAUUGUGUGAGCCAGAUAAAGACUUAAAACUGCAGGAGUUUCUGUGUUCCUCAUAUGUAUUUUGAAUAUCCUGUUAUAUUUUUUGUGUCCAUGAUCUCAAACUAAUGACUUAUUGUACUUAUCUUUGUUGUGCACCGAUUAAAUGAUGUUAAAUAUUGCUACUCUUGUUUGACAUAAAUUACUUUUUAAACCAAUCUACGUCAAGGUCUGGGUUUUUGUUUUUUGUUUUUACACUUUAAUAUUGUCACCUGUAAGGGAAUCUUCUGUGUUUACAUGUGACUUUAAAGUGCAAACGAAUUUGAAAUGACUUGAAAAUGUCUCCUGCUGUUUCCAAUGAUGUUAUUGUCUCACUUUUGUGUCCAAAAAGUGUGAGAAGGGUGUGUGAGAAAGUAUUCUUCUGUGGCGAAAAAAGCAACAGAAAUAAAUCUCUUGUUUCAAA